AUGGUCGACGCGCGGAUGGUUUUCGAGAGCAUGCCUCGUCGUGAUGUCGUGCUCUGGACGAGCUUGAUACAAGGCUUUGUGGACAACGGGGAAAGCGAGCUGGCUCUCGUGUUCUUCGAAGAUAUGAAGCUAUCUGGGUGCUGUCCAAGCCCUCGGACGUGUGUUGCUGCGCUUGCCGCCUGUGCGAGCUCGGCAAUGCGAGAAGAAGCGGUGGAUGUCGACGGCAAACUCGUGAAGAGAAAGAGCUUGGAAACCGGGGUGGCUAUCCACGGUGAAGCUUCAAACACCAGGUGCUGUGAGGACGUGUUCGUGGGGAACACUCUGAUCGAUAUGUACGCGAAGUGUGAGAAGCUAGAGGAAGCUCGCAGGGUCUUCGAUGGCAUGGCUGGCCGAUCGUCCGAGCCACCUGUUCCGCGAGAAGAUGGAAAGCUAGUGCGAAUCCAGAGCCUAGAAAAGUGGAUGGAGAUUCAUUCUCUCGCUGCGAAGUUUGGACGCUGCGAGCACAGAUUUGUCGGGAGCAGCUUGGUGGACAUGUAUCCCAAGUGUGGAGAUAUGGUGAAAGCUCGAGCAGUUUUCAAACGCAUGCCUAGCCUGGACGUUAUCGUUUGGACGAGCUUGAUACAGGGAUAUAUAGACAACGGCGUGGGCUGGAAGACGAUCAAGUUGUGGGGAGUAAACUUCUACAGGAAGUGCGGAGUUAUGAGUGCGGCCGAGCACUUGUUUGGAUCUCUGGCAGUCCGAGAUAUCGUCGCCUGGAAUGCACUGAUCACAGGAUUCGGCCAACAGGGUGACACGUCACGCGUGUUCGAAGCCUUUCGCGAGAUGCGAGAAGAUGGCGUGCGAGCAAACGCAAUCACGUUUGUCUCGGUCAUCACUGCUUGCAGCCACGGCGGCCUAGUUGAACGAGGCAGGGAGUUUUUCCAGGCAAUGGACCCGGACUCUGGCAUUGUUUGCGGGAUUCAUCACUACAGCAGCUUGGUGGAUCUCUUAACCGACUGGAAGAGGCCGUGA